AGGGGCCACCCGGAGGGGCCGCGCGCCCGGGGAGGGUCCCCCUGGAGAGUCCAUCGGAGGGUCCGCUCGCAGAGGGUCCGCCCGGAGGGUCCCGCCCGCCGGUGUGUGCGCGCCCGGGGAGGGCGGUCACGUGGCGGCCCAUCGCUCCAAUCUGGGCCCCUGACGCCCGGCCGGGCCAAGAGGGAAAAUCAAUGAGCGAAGUGGCCGGCGCGGCCCGGCGGGGCCCGGGGCUGCGGGGCCGCGCGCCGCGGUCACCUUCAGUGCGGGCCGCGGGGGACGUGGCGCGGCCGGACACAAAGGGGGGCGCGCGCAGGUCCUGAGCCAUGGAGGCCCCGCGGGAACCACCGCUGGUCCUGGUGAAGGUUCUGGAGGAGCUGGCCAGCACGCGGCCCGCGACAUCCUACCAGGACCUCUGCCAGUCCCUUUGUGCCCGCCUGGAUCUGCCUCAGCUCUCCAGGCUCCGGAACCUGCUCUUCCACACUGCCUGCCUGGACCCUGGCUUCCCGGCCAUGCUCUUCAAGGACAAGGUGAAGUGUCCUGCAGACAACUCGCAGUCCAAGAAGAUCAUGGUGGCUGCCGACGUGGUAACCAUGUUCAACCUCAUCCAGAUGAGUGGCAGCGCUGCCAAGGAGAAGCUGCCGGGGGCAGGGGGGUGCCGGGAGGAGGCGGGCGGCGAGGCCGAGUGUGGGCCCCUGGACUGCCAGCUCCGCCACCAGCCCUUCGGCCCAGGAUACCCGGCUGGGCGGUGCGAGAGCAGGGAGAGCCCCGAGUUCCUGCCCCCCUUGCAGCCCGACUUCCUGCUGGGUGUGGGCGAGGCCAGCAAGAGCCGCACAGCAUCUCUGGACCGCCUGCAGCGCCUGGGCCCUUUCGGCGUGGGUGUCCCACGGCCCUGCGAGAUGCAGAGAACCUACUUCCCCAUGAACCUGGACAGCGAGCCGCUCUCAGACACAGAGCCACUGCCCCCCAGCCUGGCCGGCAGUGACGCCUUCCUGCCCACUGACCAGCCCCUGCUGGUGCCCUCCCGCGAGCAGAGAUGCGGUAUCUCCAGAGAGAACUUCCACCUGCUGGUGCCCAUGGGCCCCCGGCAGGCUGGGACGAAGCGCGGGGCACCCCCGAGGCGGAAGGAGCCGCCCAGGAGCCCUGUCUUCACCCACAGCUUUGAGCUGCCAAGCAGCAGCCCCAGCCUGGACCCUGCAUACGACCAGCGACGGGUCAAGCAUGAGAGCCUGGACGACCUGCAGGCUUCUACCUACUUCGGCCCCUCGCCUGUGCCCGGGGCAGCAGAGCCACGGCGCUGCCCCGGAAGGCCCGGCAGACCUAGCCCCUGGCCGGCCAAGAGCUGGAGCCUCAACACAGACGAAGUGCCUGACUUCGAGUGCUCCUUCUUCAGCAGAGAGCCCCCCGAGGAGAAGAAGCAGCGAUACCCCAGUCCUGGCACCCAGAGCCCCAUGUUCCCCACCCGGGACAGGCGUCAGGCUUUCCUGCCACCCAAGGACUCAGAGCCUGUCCUGUACGUGGCCACACCUGCGGCCACACCUAUGAACCUGGAGAACGCCGAGCCGGCCAAGGCCUUCCAGGAGGACAGGCCAGGCUGCAGCAGCAGGCAGCUGAGCACGGACACCAGCAGCGUGAGCACCCAGACGGAGCCGCUGGUGCCAGAGCCCAGAGGCACCGCCAGGUCCAGCGACAGGCAUGGCCGGAAGCGGUCGGAGGAGUCUGAGGCCAUCAGCGACGACAUCAGUGACAUCUUCCGCUUCCUGGACGACAUGAGCAUCUGCGGCUCCUCAGGAAUCCUGCCCUCGUCCUGCCACAACAGCAUGGGGUCCCUGUCCCAGCUGCCCAAGUCCGACAGCGACAGCCCCGCGGGGGGCCAGGGUCACUCGGAGGAGGAGCUGAGGAGCAGCGUGUGCCGGCUGCUGCUGCGGAUCGGGGAUAUCGAACGCAGGCUGGAGUCGCUGCUGGGUGUGCGCGAGGAGAUCUCCCAGGUCCUGGGGAAGCUCAACAAGCUGGACCAGAAGAUGCGGCAGCCCGUGGAGCCGGCGGGCCGCGCUCCACUGGACCUGUCAGAGGACGAGGGGAGCGACUCGGCCCAGCUGCCCCGCGCCCACACGCCUGCCCGGGACGACACAGCUGCCGACUGGGGCUGCUCCGAGGGCGGUGGCAGCCACGGCACCGGCUUGCACGUGGCAGCCCUCAAGCGGAGCCUGCUGGCCCGGCCCUCCUCCAGGUCCCUGACGGAGAACAGCGCCACCGAGUCGAAGAUCGCUAGCAUCUCCGACUCGCCAAGGGGCUGGCGCCCCGUCACCCAUGCCACCCACGCUGGCCGAGGGGGCCUGGGCGGGACUGAGGGCAAAGACUGGCAUCGCAAGCCCAAGGAGACCGAUCGGCAGCAUGAGGCGCCCCACACUGGCUUCCUGGUGGAGCAGGUUUUCAGCCCCCACGCGCACCCCGCCUCACUCCGGGGCCCCACCAAGGGUGGCUCAUUGUAUGCCAACAUGCGGCUGGCCGAGGUGAAGAGGCAGCCCCCCUGGGCCCUGGAGGAGCAUGUCCGCAGCGUGGGUGCCAAGGGCAAACUGGCUGCACUGGACCUGCAGACCCAGGAGUCCCUGAACCCCAACAACCUGGAUUACUGGAUGGAAGGGCUCCACACACCUGGCUAUGACUCACUGUUGAAGCACAAGGAGGCCGAGUUCCGGCGUGCCAAGGGAUGCAAGCUGGCGGCCCUCAUCACCGCGGCCGCCUGCACCGUGCUGCUGGUCAUCGUCGUGCCCCUCUGCACCAUGAAGUCAUGAGCAGGCAGGGAGACAUGGUCUCGGCGGGAAGAAGUGGGUGACCGGCAUGUCCUGGGCCCGGGGCACUGAGGGGCCUACCAAGGGCUAAAAUACUGAUUCUGGCCCGUCCGACACCGUCUUCAUGGGCCACCGUGGAACUUUCUGCACACCCCUCUGUGCAGGGCAGGACUGAGCUGCCAUGUCUGCUCAGAGCCUGUCCCCAUCUGGGAGUGGGGGUCAGGGGAGAACCCCCAGGCUUCGGGUCCUGAGGGAGUGGUAUCUCCCCAACCCUCUCUGGGACUUCGUGUGUCUGGGGCUCGUACCUCGAAGAACAAAAGAGGACUGAACGCUGAGGUUCUCAGGAGUGUGGGGCCCCCACCUCCCUCAUUCCGGGGGCUGUUCACAGCUCCUCAGCCCUAGCAGGGUCCUGUGGGAGGGUCUCAGCUCCCCCCACACUGACACUGACUUUCCAAUGGUCAGCAGAGCAAAAAAAAAAAAAAGACAAAACAGCUCCACUGAACCACAUCUGUGCGUCUGUCCGUCUGUCUGGUUGGCGAGCUGGGCUCCGUCUUGUCUCUCCGAAGGCACUGCAGUGUCCCCCGGACUCCCACAGUCAUACCAUCUCCUGAGGCCGAGCCUUCCCUGCCCCUGGGAUCUGAUGGGGAUGGCAAUGUGAGACCAGCUGGGGUGGCAGGGCCCAUGGACGCAGCCUUUGAGCAACCAAAGGCCAGCAGAGCCAUGCCCUUGAGUUGGGGUCAGCAUGGUUUGGGGGUGCCCAAGUGAAUAGCUGUGUGGUGGCAUCCAGCUCUUCCUUUCCUGGUGCUGUGUGUGGGGCAGCUGCUCCCGAAGGUGGCCCUGGGAUGUGGCCCCCAUUCUGCCACGCCUCCAUCCACAUCCUGUAACUGCCUCUCCAGCCCCUCUGGCCAUCCGUGGGGGCAGCACCAGUCAGCUGGGGAGGGACACAGCCACCCAGACAGGGAAAGGGAGGAUACAGAUUCCCCUGCCCCCAUUCCAGAAUGGUCUCUGCAAGGGCCAUUUCCUGGGUCUGAGCCUGCAUCAUCACAUGCCCAAACCACCUCAUUCCCAUGUUCAGGCAGCAGGCCUGGCCCUGCUGGCAAGAUUCUGUCCGCAGGAGCUGCCCUGAGCUCGUGGGAAAUCAUUUUCCUUACCUCCUCUUUCCAUUUCUAUCCACUUUGGACAGCGCCUCGGAAAAGCAAAAAAGUCCCCACCUUCUGCUUCCGGGUACUCCACCCCAUACCUCUUUGUUGCCUGGAGCAAACCCUUCUCUGUCCCCUGCCUGCCCAGGGCAGGUAGUCAAUGCCAGGGCACAGCGGCACCUGGAGGCCUGACUGAUGGCUACUGAAUGCUCCUCCGAAAACCACGAUGGGCCAGUCGUGUUUACAGAUACCAGAAAAGGCGAUGGAGCCCCUGGGCUUGGGACAGAGAACACUGCCCAGAAAGUGUCCAGCGGGUGGUUCAGAAACUCGGAACACCAUAGCCCCACCUGCUCCCAGUGUUGCACAGUCCGAGGGAAUGUUCCGGUUGUUCUGCUCAACCACGAGGACCCUGUUACAACAGGAUGCCUGGGGGGUCCUGAGGACCCUGUCAUGACUGUAUGUAUAUGAGCCUGGGGUCUAUUUCUAAAGGGGUUUGUCAUUGCUGGAAUAAUGUGGGAUGGGGUCUCAAUAUUUAUUCAAGUAACUGAGAGACGCAACAUACUUAUGCCUUAUGAGUGAGGGGUAUGGGAGGGCGGUUCAGGGGAGACUGAGGCCCCGGGUCUGAUGUGUCCGUCUCGGCUCACUCCUGGUGCUUGGCCAAUGUUAUAUAAAACCAAGAACUAAGCACAUUUCUAGACUUCGUUUUCAAAUGGCUCUAGUCACAUUUGGUGAAUGUACAAGGUUGGUUUGAAGCGCUCAUGUAAAAUCUGCCUCUCUACAUAUAACCGAAAAUAAACUUAGAAAGUGGUCGA